UAAGGAGGUUGGCAGAGUAAGGUUCAGAAGACUGGCUCUUCUAACAACCUGUAAGGUAUUUGGCUUCUUCUGGGAUUACAUAUGGGGCAUACUAAAGGAAGAAAAGAAAGUAUCAAUUGAAACAGUUUUUGAAUCGAAUAUAUCCAACUGCAGGUAAAUCGCGGAGGCAAAGUUGUCAGCUUUUUGUUUAUAGUGAGUGAAGUGGAGGAAUACAGUGUUGAACAACUGAUUUCGGUAAAGCAACUGGAUAAACACUUGUUUUGGCCUUUCGUGAGUACUUAAGUUGAGAUUUUGUGGAGAAACUGACACUUCUGGAUGGAUUUAUGGCUACGAUACGGAUUGGUUUAUUUUUCGUGUGAAUUAAUGGUAUUUCAUUUCGAGGAAUCUAUGGUUUGUUUACACGUGUAAUCUUGUUUCUUCAUGGUGGCUACAUUUCCGACCCGAGUGUUGCAGCUGACAGUUGGUGCAGAAAAUGGGGGACUUCUAUGACCCUGAACAUCCCACUGAAGAAAGAAUUUGGAACGCCUUGGAAGAAAAGUCAAGAGAAGAGGAAGCAAAUGAAGGAAAGGUGGAAAAUGUUCUGGAUUCAAAACUCGUUAAAAUCCCAGUACAGAAGAGUGUAUCUUCCAGUCGCUUUUUGCCUAAAGGAACGAAGACAAAAGUUAAUCUGGAAGAGCAGGGAAGGCAAAAAGUGUCCUUCAGCUUUAGUGUUACAAAAAAACCCUUGCAAAAUUGGUUAUUAUCUGCUUUAAGUGGUGAGAAAAACCAGAAUGAUGCUUCAGGUUCGCUGUCAUUGCAAGGAUCACUUCAAACCACUUCUGCUGGCACAUCAGAAACUAAUUCUAUUUCCCCACCAAAGCCCAAACUGGAAGUUGGAAAACUGCCUUCUAAGAAGCAUCUUUUGAGUUCUUCUGCUAAAGCUGGAGUAGGAGUGGCUUCUGCUUCUGAAGCAGUAACAGACAAGUUAGGGUCAUUGACCAUUCCAGCAGAUGGUGUGAUGCCUGUAGCAGUGAAGUCUGACACUUCAACUCCAAAAACAUUCUCGGCUUCAUUUGAGUUCACAGAAAUGAUGGUAUUGCCAGACUUGGAUGAUAUUCCAUUACCACCAUCACCACCACCACCACUGACUGUGCCAUCAUAUGUCAGUAGGUCAUCAGUUGUGACUACACAGGUUAAAGCACCAACAGUACCAGCUCCAGUGGCAGCUACACCACCACACACUGUACUAGAGACAUUUUCAUUGCUUUCUAAAACAAAUGAGAUUGUGGAAGAAGCAGUUCAAAUGUUAAAAGAAGCAGACACAGUAUUACUGGACUCUUCAGACCUAGAGAGUAAAAAUGAUGAUUUAAAUAGUUCAGAUGAUGAAGUUCUUAAUAUUUCUGAGUAUAACAUUGCAAGCCCACAAGAUGAUUAUUCCCAUAUUGGGACAGAUGAACUCUCAGAAGACUUAAAGAAUAUUUCUUCAUGCAUUGAAAAGCAGUUUCCCAAGAGGAAGUCCUCCCAUUCUGAUGGAGGGUUAUAUGAUUCUGACUCUGAUGAUUCUGUGCAGACUACUUCUAGUCAGAGUUCACAAGAACUGAAACAUCUAGCAAGUACAGAAAAGGACAGGGAUUACCAAAAGAUUACAACUCAGAAGUCUGAUGAUUCAGGGAAAAAAUUCUCUUCCAGGUCUAAAAUGGAAAAAGAUGAGCGAUACUACAGUUACUCAAAAUCAGAAAAGGACUGUAAGUAUGUUUCUUCUCGCAGUAGAUCAGAGAGGGAUAGGAGGAGAAGUAGAUCACGGUCUCGAUCACGAUCUGACAAGUGGUCUGGAAAGUCUUAUUCAAGAUCUGAUAGGUCACAUUAUUAUGAAUCUGAAAGAAGACAUCACAGAAGCUCACCCCACAGAGAGAGAAGCAAGUAUCCUCGUUCUUAUGCAGAGAGCAGAGCAAGAGACAGUUCAGAUUCGGAGGAAGAGCACAGAAGAACACAUUCCAGAUCUAGUGAUUCAAGACGCACUUCUCAUUCUUCAUCCUAUAGAGACUCAAGAACAUCUGCAUAUUCAAAAUCAGACAGGGAUGGAAAAGAGCAGUCAUAUACAGAGUCUGAAAAAAGAACAAGGUCUUAUUCUAAAUCAGAAAGAGAAUCUCAGAGGACUUCAGAAAGAGAUUCAAGUAAACGCUAUUCUCCUCAUAACGAUGUUGAGCAAAGAAAGUUAUCCUCCUAUUCUAGAGCUGACAGCAGUGUCAGCUCUUCUCACUAUAGGUCACAUACAUUAAAGUCAUCCUCACAGAGGCCUGACAAAAAGAAGUUUUCUUCAUCUUCAUCUUCAUCUUCAGAAUCUGAUGAAGACUUAAAACUUCCACUCAAGUCUGUGGAAAGUGAUAAAAUGUGUUAUAGUUUAAAGACAAAGAAGGUAGAAACUGCACCUAUUAAAAAGGCUGACAGUGCUGUUGAUCUUGAAAAGAGCCCUUCUGAGAACCUCAUGCCUAGUCAAAUUAAGGAGACUUUCCCUUAUAAAGAAUCAUUUGAAAUUGGGGCCAAGACUGUUGGUUUAAAGCUCAAAAAACAUACAGAGCUUGAAAAACAUACAGAGCUUGACAUCCAAGGAGUGAAGGGAGAAUCAGGGAGUUCACCGAGUUUAGAAGAUAACCAACUAGCUGUCUCUCACCGGGACUUUGAUAUCAAAAGCUCACUCAGUGUGGAAAAUGUAAAUCUGAUAGAAAUUUGCCCUGAAACAGAGAGUUUUCUUUCUAGUGUUAAAACAAGUAAUUCUGGUUCAUUCUCAGAGGAAAAUUUCUGUGAAGUACAAAUGAGUAAACUACAUACUUUUUACGAAGAUAAAAGUUUGCAUACAAAACGGCCUGAACAUAUGGUGUUAAACCUUGGCUAUUCCCCAAGCUCUUCUGAUGAAUCAGAGUCUUCUGUUUCUUCCAAUCUAGAUGAAUGUGAAGCAUCCUCUCCUUUGUAUGAAGAUGCAGCUGAUAGUUCAACUUGCAGUAAACAGGAAGAAUGCUUGCCCUCUCCCUUAAAAGCCAAAGAUGUGGAGUUAAAUCUCAGCUGUGUGUCAGAUACUGUAGAUUCCACAUUUUGUGAAAGAGAGGUUGAUAUGGACAUUGAAUCUUCAGAUGAGAAAUCCAUUGAAGAGUUUUCAGUAAAUGUUGCAGUGGAACAUUUCCCAGUAUCACAUGAUGCAACGCUUAUUGAGGAAAAGAUGUCUGUGGAACUCCUGGAACAAAAGACUGACAAAAGGCAUUUGGACCCAUCUAGCUGUGAAUACAGCCAGUUGUUAAGUAAAGGAAUUUCAGAAGUCCAGGCUUCUAAGGGUUUCAGCUUUGCAGAGUUGAAAGUAGGAAGUUCGAGUUCAGAAAGUCUUCAUGAAGAAACAUUUUUGCCUCAUUUAGGUAGUCAUUCAGAGAAACCAUUGCUGUCACCAUCUUCAGUUAAAGUGGAAGUGUCUGAAGAAUUAAAACCAGAGUUUCAUCUGCCUGAGUUAGAGGUCUCUGCUAAGCUAGAACAAACAGCAAAACAUUUACAGCUCACAGAAAUGAAACCUUUACCUUCACUCUGUAAGGUAGAACAAGAGGAGGUUAUAAAUGAUUACAGUAACUCUGCUGAAAGAUGUUUAAAUCAGUUUUCAGAUGUCACUCCUUUAAAGGAGCAAGAUGGAGUAAGUUGCGUUACACCUGCCACUGUAGAAGGUCUGGUUACAUCCACUCAUAUUGAAGCAAGAGAAAAAGCCAAAGUAAAAGUGGAAACUAAUCCUGAAGAAUUAAACUGUGAUCCAAGUUUUCAGGUAGUUAAAACUGAAGUAUGUGCUGGUGAUGUAAGCUCAGACCUCACAGAAAGCAGAAGUGAGCAAGGCAGUGAAGAAAGUGAUGUUGAAAACUCUUAUUCAGAUUCUGAUGACAGCAUUCCAAGGAACAGACUCCAUUCUGUUGUUGUGGUUCCCAAAAAUUCAACUCUAACACUAGAUGAAAAUUGCAGUUCCCCACUGAACAGUAACAAUACAGGACAUUUGUCUAAUUCUGAAGUGAAUCAACAGUCUAACAAUUCAGAGGAUGAAAAACUUGAAAGCAAAACUAUUGAAAAUGAUUUACAAAAAGAACAUCAAAAUGAUGUGCAUGUUUCUCCGUUUGAUGAAUUUGACGAGAGGAUGGAGAUUUCAGAUAAUGAAAUUUGCACUGAAAAGGGCCAAAUGAUUGAAAGUGUUUCACAGUUGGAAAAUAUUAAUGCAGGCUGUAUUUCUGAAGCAGAGACAACUUCACAGGCUGCUAAUGAGCAUUGUAGUAAUUCUGAAGAACCUUUAUCACAGGUUUUACCAUUACAGCAGUUAGUGAAAUCUCAUAUUGAGAAUCGGGACCUUCCUUCAGAUGGCCUGCAAGCUAUACAGAACAAAUUAUUGUUACCCCAGGAGAAUUCUUUUGAAAUACCUGGUGUCAGGCAAAGGGAAUCAAGGUUUGGGGAUCACCAGAAUUCUGAGGAGGCUCUGGACAGCGUGCAGAGGGCUUUGUCAGAGGAUCAAGAAAAUUAUGCUCAAAAGCCAGAUGACAAACAGUUGAAGUUCUUGUCUGAGGACCAUGAAAAUUCUGCUGAAAAGUCUGACAGCAUGCAGUUGAAGUACUUGUCUGCAAGUCAAGAAAAUUCUGCUGAAGAGACAGACCCUGAUAAGCUGAAGUCCUGCUUUGAAGAUCCUGAAAAUUCAUCUGAAAAAUCUGACACCGAAAAAGUGGAAUUGUCUGAGAAUAAGCAGUGUGUCACUGAAAAGGCAGGCAGCAAGAAUGAGGUGUUAAAAUUGGAGGAUCAGCAAAAUUCCUGUGAUUCAGUUGCUGGCUGUGGAGUGUCACAGACUGAGAGUCCGCUUAAUUCCACUGAAAAGCAUAGUACUGAACAAGCAAAGUCUUGCAGUGCACAAAGUUUUCAUGACUCAGCUGACUUCACCAAACUAGAUGGCUUGCAUAGUACUGAUGAUUUAGGUGGCCUUGGGUGGGAUUUCUCUCAGCCAGAAAAACCAAGUAGUACAUACCAGCCACCAGACAGUAGUUAUGAACCACAUCAAAAAAUGUCUGGUGAGCCACAUUUAGAGUCUGAGAAUAGUUAUUGGCAAGGUAACCGUUACUGGGAUCAAGGGCCAGACUCAAAGUCCUUGGGUUCUGGGUUUGAAAGCAGUCAACCCCCAUUUCUUGAUGAUCAAGGGCAGAUGCACCCAGAUUCCUUAACUGAUGACUAUGAAGAUGAUGAAGUCUGGACAGAUGUUCCUUCCAGAACUGCUAAUAGUGUUGAUAGCAAAAAGCCUGGUUCGGUGCAGGCACAUGAGAUCAGCAGCAACUCAAACAAGGAGGCACCUUCUGUAUCAGAAGAAAAAGUAAAUAAGAUUGAUCAUCUUGGUCAGGAACCUCAACAGUUGCAACAAAAGUUAAGUGCAUCUGAAAGUGAUCUCACAGCAGAGGUCAAAAUGAAAGAGGAUGAGCACGAUUACAAGCCUUUGGUUGAGACUACAAAGUUUAUUGGACCAUGCUACGACAUGGAUGACUUUCGAGAUGCCCAACACUGGAAGGAACAGUUUAAACUAAAGAAAAUGCCACCAUACUUUGAGCUUAUUGAAGAAAAUGUGUAUUUAACAGAAAGGAAGAAGUGUAAAUCUCACCGUGAUAUAAAGCGAAUGCAGUGUGAAUGUCCUGUCCUAACAAAGGAGGAACGUACCCGGGAUCAGGUGGCCUGUGGUGAAGACUGCCUCAAUCGUUUACUUAUGAUUGAGUGUUCAUCAAGAUGCCCAAAUGGGGAAUACUGUUCAAACAGGAGGUUCCAGAAAAAACAACAUGCGGAAGUUGAAGUAAUUCUCACUGAGAAGAAAGGCUGGGGAUUGAGAGCGGUCAAGGAUCUAGUACCAAACACCUUUGUUCUUGAAUAUUGUGGAGAGGUUCUGGAUCACAAAGAGUUCAAGGCUAGAGUGAAGGAAUAUGCUCGUCAAAAAAACAUUCAUUACUACUUCAUGGCUCUGAAAAAUGAUGAGAUAAUUGAUGCAACUCAAAAAGGAAAUUGUUCACGUUUCAUGAAUCACAGCUGUGAACCAAAUUGUGAAACACAAAAAUGGUCUCUCAAUCCCCAGUCCAGGACAGGCUUUGUGGAAAGUAAGGUAAUAUCAGCUGGAAGUGAGUUGACUUUUCAUUACCAGUUCAGGGUUUUCCCAAAGGAGGCUCAGAAAUGUUUUUGUGGCUCAGCAAACUGCAGAGGAUAUCUGGGUGGGGAAAAUCGGGUCAGCAUCAGAGCAGCUGGUGGCAAGAUGAAGAAGGAUAGAUCACGCAAGAAAGAUUCGGUUGAUGGGGAAUUGGAGGCACUGUUGGAGAAUGGAGAGGGUCUGUCUGACCAGAAUCAGGUUGUCAGUCUAGCAAGACUGAUGGUUCGGAUAGAAACUGUGGACCAGAAACUCACCUGCCUUAAGAUCAUACAGAAUACUCAGUCACAGCAGUAUCUGAAGUACUUCUUAGAGUUCCAUGGUUUGUCCUUGUUUUGGAUCUGGAUGGCAGAGCUGGGAGACAGUCAAGCAAGUUCCAACAACACUAUCAAGCUGCAGAUUGAGAUCAUGAAAACCUUGGAGAUGUUGCCUAUUCCAAACAAAAACAUGUUGGAAGAAAGUAAAGUCCUUUUUGUCAUUCAGCGAUGGGCACAGACAAAAACAGUUGUUUCACAGCUCAGUGAAGGUGAUGGAUAUUCUAGUGAAAACACUUCCCGAGCCCAGACACCACUAAAUACACCAGAUCCUGUUAACAAACAGACUGCUGAAGGUGAAAGUGACACCCCCAAAAAACUGGUAUUCAGAAGACUUAAAAUAAUUAGUGAGAACAGUAUGGACAGUGGAAUGUCUGAUACAAGUAAAGUAUCUGAUGGUGAACUGGAAAUCAAGGAGGGAAAAGACCUAGAGCAACCUGAGAGUAUGACCCAUGAAGAUGAUGAACGCAAAACAGAUACUGAGGCAUCUGGUGAUAGCCAGCUUGACAGUGCUGAUCCCAUUGCUGGGGAGAUGGAGCCUGAGGCAAAAGAAAGCAAUGGAAUCAAGUUGGAUGAGUCUGUUGCUGUUGAAACACCAUCUCAAGAUGAAGAAGAAGGCUUCUCAGAUGUAGAAAGUGAGAAAAGCCAGGAACCAGUUGACAAAACAGUUGAUGUUUGCGAGAUGGCCAUAAGACUGCUGGAACUCUGGAAAGACUUGAAGGAGGUGUACCGGAUUCCUAAGAAGACUCAAGCAGAGAAGGAAGCUAGUAGUGUUACUGAGAGGGGAAAAGAGGUUCCCACCCAGAGAGAUCCUGUUGUGGUUCCCAAGACUCCAGUUGUAAACAAAGACAGAGAGAGAGAGCCUGAAAAACUAACCCAGAACAAAGAUAAGAAAAAACGCAAGUCUUCUCCCUCUCCCCCUUCUGGGUAUGAAUGGGGAGCCAAAAGAACAGAAGAAAGGUAUGAUGCAACAACAGCUUCCAAAAAGAAGGCACGUGAAAAAGAUAGAAAUAAGCUGUCUACUGAAGAACGACGGAAGUUGUUUGAACAAGAAGUGGCACAGAGAGAGGCUCAAAAGCAGCAGCAGCAACAACAUAUGCAGAACAUAGGAAUGGGUUCACCUUUACCUUUUGAGACAAUGCCAUUUAGUAGUCCUCACCAGAGCUAUGUUGGAUAUCCUCCAGGCUACCCAAUGCAGACAUAUGUAGACCCAACUAACCCAAAUGCUGGAAAGGUGCUUUUACCUACUCCUAAUAUGGAGACCACCUGUUCACCUAUGGCAUAUGAACCACCACCGCCACUGCCUUUAAUGACACUUCCAGUGGAGCCAGUUAUGUCUACAGCAUCACCUUCUCCGAUCACACCCCAACCCAUAUCUGCAGUUCCUCCAGUACCUGUGCAAAUGGAUAUCCCACCACAACCAUAUAUACCACCAAAUGAACCUGUAAUUCCUCAAGAGCCUAGUGUGGAGCCUUUGCAGGUUCCAGGUGCUGGACAAGUUCUUGGACAAAGUUAUGGUACGUGGGAGUCAAGCCAUCAGACAGUACCAGUACAGCAGCAGUACUCAGGGGUACAACCGCAGCCACCAAUAUAUUUUCAGGGGCAGACAAUUCCACCCCUGUAUGGAAUCACACCACCUUAUGCACAGACAACACAACCAAUAGUACAGCCACCUGUAGGAUCCAUCGGCAGCUCUGGAAUAGAUGUUGGAAGCAGGAACAACCAGGCUGAAUACCUUUUGCCGAAUGUUCCUCUCAUGGAAAUGAGAAGCGGGACACCACCUGGGAUGCAGAGCUAUGGCCAGCCUGGCAUGCCAUACAUUCCAGGACAACAGAUGUACCCUCCUCACCCCCAGGGGGUUGUUAUGCAGCCAGCAGCAGUAGCACCAAUAUUACCAGCAGAGCAACCCCAGGCUGUACAACAGGAAUUGAUUGUAACAAACAGUGCAACUGACCUGCCUCCACCAUCUCCGCCUCAGCCUAAAACUAUUGUUCUUCCUCUAAACUGGAAAACUGCAAAAGAUCCAGAAGGAAAGAUCUACUACUAUCAUAUGAUUACAAGGCAAACACAGUGGGACCCACCUUCAUGGGAUGAAGCCACUGAAGAAAGUGGUAUGGAUCACGAGGCUGAAAUGGACCUUGGAACUCCAACUUAUGAUGAAAUGCCAACAAAGGAAAUAACUGUGACCAGUGAUGGCAACAUGGAAGGCACACCUAAUGCAGCCCAGACACCAGUGAAGGCCAAAACUGCAGAAGCAGAUACCUCAAGUGAGUUAGCUAAGCGGAGCAAAGAAUUGUUUAGGAAAGAGAUGUCCCAGUUUAUUGUACAUUGUCUGAACCCUUACCGUAAGCCUGACUGCAAAGUUGGAAGAAUAACUACUACUGAGGAAUUCAAACACCUGGCUCGUAAGCUGACCCAUGGUGUAAUGAACAAGGAGCUGAGAUAUUGCAAGAACCCCGAGGACCUAGAGUGCAAUGAAAAUGUCAAGUACAAGACGAGGGAGUACAUCAGGAAGUACAUGCAGAAGUUUGGACCUUUUUACAGACCGAAGGAAGAUAUGGAGAUAGAGUAAAAUUAAACGGAUUCUUUGGGAGGUGACUUUAUAGAGAGACCACUUCAUGAUAUGCUUGCUUACCAGAAAGAGAGACUAAAGGCUGUAACACUCAUAAGUUGACUUUAUUAACACACAAAAAAAUUAUUGCAGCCAUUCAGAGAACGCAGCAAAGAAAAAAUACGCUGAGAGUGCAAUGAGCCCUACAGAUUAUGGUUGUGGAUCCAAAAGACUGUGUAAACAUGUCAUUUUUGUUUGGGUUCUGGUCACCAAUGAAUUCUUUUUUGCUGUAGCCUGACCAGGAUCGCAAACUGCCAUGCCAUGUGUUCACUGGCGUAUUAUUUAUUUUUUUUUGCUGCCAUUCUGUAUGUAUGAGCAGCCUAAAAAGCUUAUAAAAUAUGUAUUAUAUGUUUUAUUGUGUCUGUGAAUAUAUUGAUAAAUAAAUUUGACUUUUCUCACCUUGAAGAGAUAACCGGUGAGAACACGCUGUAUGGACUGCUUUUGUUCUCCCAAGAGAUCUAAUCUUUUAUCAUGUAAAUAUUCCAAAGCUAAAGGCCAAGAGGCCGGAUGCACUGUUGAUAAGAUUGAUUUUAUGUGCUUAAAUCAUUUUACUUUAUUCAAUUUUUACAGAACUUUUUAUGUAUAAAUUAAAUUACGUAUGAUCCCAUGUGAGCCAGGUGUAAGGAGACUGUGAUAUUGAGUGUAAAAGGUUUUAAUUUUUUUAAGACUCAGAACAUGUAUAAAUGAUGUGUGCAUAGCAAACAAAACUCCAAUAGAUUCCUUGUUUUUGAAAUAUGAA